UAAGAGGAAGUAGAUUCAACUUUCGUCUUGAAGACGGAACAAGUUCAGAGACGAUAGAAGAAGCAGAGACACGAGAGACGAGAGAGGAGAGGAGCGAUGGCUGAGCUCAGAUGGAUUAAAGCCUCUUGGUUUCUGGUUCUGGUGCUUCAGUUUACAGCAGCAGCAACAGGACAACGUUACCCCUCCUUCACUGUCAGAGAUGGAGAUGAAGUCUCUUUGCCUUGUUUCAAUGUGAUGGAUGAUCAUAAGAACUGUGACUCUACUGUUUGGAUCUUUGAUGAUUUAAAGAGUAGAAUAGCAGUAUAUCUGGUUAAAGAAGGGCAGAUUGUUGCUGAAGCCAAAGAUAAAUCAGACAGACUGAGUGUUUCAGAGAAUUGUUUUCUGGUUAUAAAGAAGGUCACCGAUGAAGAUGCUGGUCGCUAUAGAUGCAGACAGUUCAGAUUAGGACACCAUCAAGGUCCAGAUGCUAAGGUUAUUCUGUCUGUUGUGACCAUGACUGAACACAAGGACUCUGAGGAGGUGAUCUGCUCUGUGUCCACAUAUAAAAAACUAUGUAGACACAGAGUGAAGUGGCUGAUUGAGGAAGAAGAGGUGGAGGAAGACCACCAAGACGUGAUGACAUCACAGUCUUCCUGCUCCGCCUCUCUGAAGCUUCCUGAAAGGUGCCACUACAUGCCUUUGAUUCUGUUCCCCAGAGGUACCUCUACAACCACCUGUUCCCACUCCCAGAGGUGCACUAUGGCCACUUGACUCCUGCUUCCUGAAGGUGUCGAUACAGACCCAUGAUCCCAACUUCCCGAAAUGUGCCACCAUAGCCCUGAUUCCCGCUUCCCAAAAGGUGCCCCUCUUUCCCGAUUCCCAAAGGGCAACACUACAUCCCCCUGAUUCUGUUCUGUGCAGGAGCCACAACAAGCCCCUGUUUCCGACUUCCCGAUAGGCUUCACUACAGCCCCCUGAUUCCCUUUCCUUUGAGGCACCACUAUAUCCCCCUGAUUCUGUUCUGCACAGGUGCAACUACAAGCCCCUGUUUCCCACUCCCGGAGGUGCCACUAUGGCGACUUGACUCCUGCUUCCUGAAGGUGCCGGAACAGCCCCCUGAUUCCCUUUCCCCGGAGGAGCCACUCCAGCCCCUUGAUUCCCACUUACUGAAAGGUGCCAACACAGCCCCCUCUUUUUUGUCGAUUCCCAAAAGGUGCCACUACAGCCCCCUGAUUCGCGUUCCCCGGAAGCGCCACUACACUUUGUCCUCAUGAAGUCUGGACUGUCCUCAUGUGUUCAUGGUGGUUCUCUGGUCCUCAUCAGAGGGUCAGACCUCCAGGGCUCUGCUGCUGCUGUUGCCCACACUCUCCCCAAAACACUUCUCCUUCAGUUCUCAGAAAAGCUGCAAACACAGAAGGAGGAACCAACAGGUCUCAGACCAGUGGAAGGUCAUCUGAUCCGUGUGCUGUCAGCUGCUCCGGUGUCACCGUACUGCACCACGGACAU